AUGAGCCUGCCACUGGAGGAGCGCUCGGAUGCCUGGCCCACGCGAGUAGGGACGGCGGUGGGCGUGGGGUUUGCGGCAGGCGCGCUGUUUGGGGCGGUGGCCUCCAACUGGGGCGACAUCCCUGUGGUGCUGCGGGACAAGCCGUGGCCCGCGCUGGUGCGCACGGGGGUGCAGAUGGCGCAGCACGGCUCCACGCUGGCGCUGGUGGGCGGCACCUUUGCGGCAGUCGACGUGAGCCCGCAGCGCCCCUGCCUGUCGGCCGGCCCUGUGGCCCGCCGCCGCGUGCACCGCCUGCUGCUGCGCAUGUGUGCUGGCUGGACUGGCUCCGAGCCAGCGCCAGACGUGCUGGGCGGGCGGCUGCGCUGCCUGGACAUGCAUUGCCCCUGCUUUGCGGAGAGUGCGCGGGGCAAGAAGGAUUGGGUGAACGGAUCGCUGGCGGGCGGCGCCGCUGGCUUGGCGCUGGGCCUGCGAAUCGGCUCGCUGCCCGCGGCGGUCAAGUCGGCGGCGGCCCUGGCCUUUGUGUCGGCGAUGGUGGACCUCUCCGGCGGCCGCCUGGUGGGCACCGGCUUCGUGGACGACGGCGCCACGCCCCCCAGGAGGAUCUACCCCUACAACUCUUGA